UGAGCUGUCAAACCACUUAACCUCCAAAUUUUCAGUUUGUUUUGUUUGUGGAAAAAGAAAGUAAAGUUGUCUUUUUUGCUGUAAACGACGAUAAACGCUAGAAAAAUUCGAGAAAAUGAACGGCAUCUUGGAUAGGAGCAAAUACGAAUAUGGAAAUCAAAGUAAAAGGUGGCAGAGGGAAGAUGUUCUUCGUAAAACCGGAAUGUCGGUCGGUAAAGUGGACGUUAUGUACUACAACAGGACUAUGAGAAACGACGCUUCCCUAGUGCCCCCGAUAAGACAGACAGCCUCGAUAUUCAAGCAACCUGUGACCAUCCACAAGACGCAGGAGAGCAAAGUGAAGUCUGAUUUCAAAAAUGGUAACCAGGAGAAGCCGAAACAACUCAUGUGGGAGAAAAGACUGGAAGGUAUGAGAGCCUGUGAUAUAGACGGAACAGAGUUCGUCACUAUGGACCUUCUUAAAGGCCUGAAACCGGUAGGUCCAAACGUAUCAGAAGAAACAAUGAUACAGAGUGUUGCUACAGCUUUACACGUAUCCGCCCAACCAGUUACUGGACAAAGUGGUCCCAAAGUCCUCUUAGAGAAGGAUCCCGGAGCCUACAUAGACCCUAAACAACCCCUAGUUCAAGCCGUUAGUAUAACGGACGAAGAUAUCAAAAGACAGGAAGAAAAAGUUAUUGAAGCUAGAAGAAAGUUACAAGAAGCUCUGAAAAUGUGAAUUUGUAUGUUUUCAAACUGUAUGCGUGUAUAUAUUUAUUUCGUGUUGACUUUUAUGGAGUAGUGGAUAUGGUUUUAAUAAAUAAUCGCUUUUUGUGUAAAA